CAGCAGAGAGCGCGCCGGGCGCGCGCGCGCGUGGCUCUCUGCUUGUGGCUGUGCAGCGGGGUCAGUCUGGGGAAGUUUCGGGGCUGCCUCGGGCGCCCCAAAGCGAAAAAAGAAAGACCAAAUGGCAAAACAAUCUUCAGAUUUGAAUUCUGAGUGCGAUAGAGAAGGCAGACAAUUGCAGCCUGCAGAAAGGCCAUCUCAGCCUCAACAUCUUCGACCUGGGGCCCCUACCUCCUUACAAACUGAGUAUCAAGGUAAUCAUUCAGGCAAGCGGGACGGCUCUUCACCCAGUAGCCCUCAGGGACCAUUGGCACCACCCUCCAGCCCCAGCCCAUUUGCUACCAGAUCCCCGUUGUUCAUGUUUGUAAGAAGAUCCCCACUGCUGUCCAGAUCUUCCAGUGGGUAUUUCUCUUUUGACAUCGACAGGAGUCCUGUACCUAUGAGCUGCGACAGGGCCACGCAGACUCCAAGUCUCCCCUGCCAAGCCUUCAAUCAUUAUUUGAACGCAAUGGGUAAGCAAGAUCAUAAUGCUUCCAGGCGGCAGUCACAGUCAAUGCCUGAAGAUACACGGACAGAAAUAUUGAUCGCACAGGAAUUACGGCGCAUUGGAGAUGAAUUUAAUGCUUCCUACAGUCCAAGAAGAGGUUUCUUGGAUUACCAACCAGUAAACCGCCCGAUUGUAAUUUUGCGCCUGUUGCAUUACAUUGUCCGCCUCAUAUGGAGAAUGCAGUGACUAAUGCCUAAAGAGGCAAUUGGGAUUGUUUACUCAUUUCCAGCAACAGCAACUAUGAACAGUGUCUUUGUAUGCAGCUAGCAAGUCUUUCCUGACUUCAAAGGACAUCUAGCAGAUGAAAGGAGUGAGAGGACUCCAUAUCAGGCAAUUUUUGCCUUUUUCUGAGAAAAGUGAGUUUUUUAGAUGGAUGUUCAUUGUUAUAAGAAACAGACAUUGAACCUGAAGAAGCAGGAUUUUAUCUUUUUUUGUUGUUGCUGAAACCUGUUCUCCCUCUCUUUUUUUUAACCUGCUAUAUAAAGCUUUCAAGAAAAUAAUUGAAUCAUGUUAUGUUCACUUUUGGAAACUCAUAUGUUGCUCUUGGUUAUAUCCAACAGUGGAAUUGACUGGGCCAGCUGUUUUGGUAAAGCUGCCUUAGUUUUUAUAUAAACAAUUUACUGUACAGCUUUUUUUUUUCUUCUGAAGCAGCGAGAGGCUGGACUCUGGUAACAGGCGCUCUGUUCAUUCCAGAUCACUUUCAUGCACAGGGGACUAAUCAUAAGCGAAGCUGGUGGACGCAAGAAGGAAAGGUUUUGAACUGAAACGAGUGGUUGCUCUGGAAGAGAUUCCCAUGCCACCUGAAAUGCAGAUGUCUCGUGUGUCUUAUACAGAAAUGAAUUUACAAGAAAUACACACCCAUCUGCUGUUAAUGUACCCUUUUGGAUCUUCCACUGCUUACACCUCUUGCAGCCCAGAGGGAGAAAUCUUGAAUUUGCUUUGAAACUGUGAAAAUUUUAAUUCCCCAAAUAAUAACACCAAGGUUGCCUUUUACAAUUUUCUUCCUACUUGUACAGAUAAAUGUGUUUAUUCUAGAAUGGGAGGGGGUGGCGGCAGUGUAGCAAUAAGUCAUUGCAUGUGGGUGAAAGCAGUUCCUACACCUGUGCAAUAUUGCCCCAUAGUUAUGAGGACCUACUGCAUAACUUCAGGCACUGUCUUGAUCCUCGAUUUGGUUAUUUUACUGUUUAAAUCCAAUUUGUUUUUUUCCUAAAGAAGAAAAAAAAACCUCUGGAUUUGGUUAUUGCUGCCUUUCGUAAAAUCUAUCAUAAUAAGAGGUGACCUGAUAACCAUAAUGUGGAAUGUAUAAGGACUACUGACUUGCUACAUGGUUUAAGGUCAACAAUAGCACAGUAUUCAGAUUAAUCACAGAGGGUCAAAAGAUAAGCAGGAACAAAUUUUCUGCUAGUUUAAAAGAUGGUGACAUCUUUUAACUGUGGAAUAUACUUUUUCUUCUGAUGCUGCCAGCUUCAUAUGAACAGUGCAAGGGACUGGCUGUGUUGAUCCAGUAUGGGCUCUUAAUAUCUUGUGAUGAUCUUAAUUAGGAUUAUUUGUUCUUUUGAAAAAAACGUGAACCAAGGAGGACCCAAACUGGAUUGUGCAACUGGAAUAGAUUAUGCAAAUUAAGGACAGUGAUUCUGUUAAUCACAGGGAGACAUAAGAAUAUUGAUUCUCAAACAACAGUCCAGAAGAUAACAGAAGCUAAAAUGUAUCUUGAGAAAUUAAACCACCAUAUAGGAUGCUUAUUAGACCAAGGAAGCCCAGGUGUAAUGAUCUCCCCGUAUGGUUUUCUGCCAGUAUCUGUCUUUGUGAGGAAAGGGUUAAGGGUGGCAACAUUUCCCAGACAGCAUGGCCCUAUUCCUGAGUCCCAACUGGGUAGAGGAGGAGGGCAGAAAGCUGGGAAGCAGUAUUAACUGCACUGUUCUGCAGUUGCAAUGAGGGAGUUCUUGGAGCUGAUUUGAUAAUGAAUAUAGAGGUAGUGUAAAGCAGUAUGCGCCUGCAGAAAAUUACCUUGUGCCCCAGGGUUCAAAAGUUUGGGAAGCAGCAGGAGUUCUGCAGGACCCUGAAACUCCACACUUUGUCCAUUGGAAUUUAGCCUAACCCUCGAUUGGCUUCAGAAACUUUCUGUGUGGGUAUGAGGUAGCACAUCUGACAUUGUGAAAACAUUUCCAGGCUUAUCUUUGCAGUUGCAAGGGCUAGAAAAAUUGCUGGUUUUAUUAAAAUUCUCAGGAGAAUUCUGUGCCCAACACCAAAUUUGAGGCUUGUGCAGAAUCAUGGAUUUCACACAAUCCACCCAUCUCCAAAAUCAAAUAGCAUUCCACUAAAGCAGAUUGGAGCAAGCAUUUAGCAGAGAUGUGCAUGUUGACUUCCUUUUUCUGCCAAGAAACCAUUGCUUCUGUGAAAUCACUCAUCAUUAUACUUCCAGAUUAAUUGGUAAUAUAAUAAAUUUCUUCAAUCUAACUUUCCAAACUAGUAAUAAUUCUGAAUAAUUUAAUGGCCAAUAUAUUUUAGGAAAAAACUCCACCAGGAAGUGUUGUGAUUUUAUAGGAGGGGAAAAAAUCUCUAACCUAGCAACCUGUGCUGUACCACGUUAUGGUCAAGUAGUUCAUCAAGUAGUUCAUUUAUGGAUUUGGACAGAGGCAACUGUAAGACUAGCUCCCUGGGAAUGCAUUGUUGCUUAAAGUAUUGUGUAUACAAGUGCCCCUUAUUCCAUAUUCUGCCCAAAUCAUUUUAUCUGGCCAUUUUUAAGUUGCAUAUAAUGGUGCAGAGACUUUGCAUAAAACCGUGGUUCAUUUGAAUCUUAUUUGAAACAUGUUUCUAAAUGCUAUAGCUCCUAUUUCUGGUUUCACCAGCACCACUGAAAAUGUAACCUCUUUCAAAAAGUUGCAGCCUGCCUUGAGCUGUAUCUAAGCCUUCCUAAGUGCUAUUACAGAAUUUCUGAAAUUUGUCAAUUACAACCUUAUAAUCUCUCCAUAUUGCACCAUAUAUUACACUGGACAUCAGUGCCUGGGAUAUAUGAAACGUUUUCUCAUUUAGUCCAGACUACUCCCAUACUACCCUACCCUUCUAUAAAGACCAAGGGCCAAAUUGCACACUUUGUACUUUAAUCUUAAAAAGCAGCUGGGGAGGGGGUGUCUAUGUAAGUGAGAAAGAUUACUGUCACAGCACUGGAACAGCUAGAUUUAACCCUUUCCCUUUAUGCCAUUUUUUCAGAUAAAAAUGACCCCUGCAUCAAGUUGCUUUCAUCCCCAAUAGAGGGGGAAAGACAGACACAUAUUUUGUCUUUUUUCCUCACCUGCUGGGGCUAAUAGCAACUGAGAGGGGAUUUUUUUUCCAAUGGGAAACAGUCUGGUGAAGUUAACACACCUGUCCCUAUACCAUAGUCCCAUUCCAAAUAACACCCUUCUCUACAAAUGCUUUUUAUCAUUAAAGUACAUGUUAAAAGAUCUGAUCAUGGAUUCCGAACAUAGCAUGGAGCUUGGUCCUUAAGACUACAGGAUCAGAAUACAUCCUGGAGUCCUGAUCUAGACAGAUGCAUGUGUAAGGAUGAACUGCCUGUGCACAUCUGCAUACUUUUAGAGGACCAGUAGGCAGAUAGCACUCUCUUUUUUGAUAGCAACAAUUGCUUUUGGAUGACGAGGGAGAAUGGAAAGCUGUGCUGGAGUUAGUUUCCUGUCCUUCCAAAAAAGAGAGAUGGAACUAUCAGAGUUGACUGCAUGUAUAGCUUCCCUUUCACUGCAGGGAAUUACACAUAUAUCCUGAAUGGCUGGGCUCAAAAAACUGAGUGCAAGAAAUUGCAUGCAGCAUUCUUGUAUAGUUACAAUUUCAGAUCCAGCAAAAGAAGCAUAGAUCUCGAACCCCAGGAUAAGUUUUCCCUUUCCUCCUUUACUGUGUAAUCCGCCUUGGGUCUCAGUGAGAAAGGCGGUCUAUAAAUGACAUAAAAUAAGUAAGUUUCAUGCAGAAACUUCAACAGUGCUAAUAGGAAUUUGGUCCAUCUGAUUGCAUGUUUGCAUGUCACCCACAAAAAUCUAGUUGUAUUGAAAACAUUGAGGAAGCAGGUUGUAAAAGCUAACAGUGCUCAAAUUGAUACUGUGCAAUAGAGAUUUUUCACUGCUUCUAGAAAGCCUGGGACCUGUAAAGACAUCUUUUCUGUUCCAAGUUUAGCAAUGUUGUUAAUACAGUUAUUAAAAAAGAAAUAUUUUUUUCUUGUGCUAGGAUUCACCAUUAAUCUUGUCAGUAUACCAUAGGAACUGGUAUUUCUUGUUACAGUGAUCAUGUUAAUGAUCAAAGAUUACUUUGUGGUCAAACUCUCAUUCUUUCUGUGUUCAGAAUUCUUUCUGAACUCACCAAAGCAUCUGUUCAUCAUGGAACUCUUUGCUCACACUUCCACAGUUGGAGCACUUUAGUUUGAUUCCUUUUAAUGUUAAAAACCUCAUGUAAGGCACAUUAUCAAUGGUUGGGAUCUAGAGAGCUCCAUGCAUGCUCCUAAAACAGGAGGGCUUCCUGCUUUUCACCGACAUGGUGACAGAAGUCCCUCCACAGAUCUCCCGACCUGCAAGCAUGGGUUGCGAGGGGUGUUGGUGUUUUUGUUUUUGCUGGUAAUGUUAGAAGAAAUUAGCUGCUGUAGAAAUGGGGAGAGGGAAAGAGCCCAGCCCCACUGUGUGAAUGGAAGCUUGCGAGUAUGACCCACUGAACCUACCCCCCCCCCAAGUUUUCUCUUCCUUUCCCCAUUUGAAGGCUUGGCUGGUCCAGUGCCUUGAGAUGUGUACACAUUCUUAUGUGUUAACUGCUCACAUGGGAUUGCAACUAGCUUGCUGCCAUGGCUUCAGGCAAACUUAUUAUAAGUCUAAUAAAUAUUUUAAAAAUUCUGUGAAUUAUAAUGUAAACAGAAAAAAGACAAGGUAUUGGCACUGUGUGGCCCAAACCCAGGCUCUCCUGUUUAUUAAGAAAUCUUUGCCAGACAUUUAUUCGAAGUAUAUAUACUGGUGUUUUUUUUUUUUUCAAAGCUAGACCAAGCAAGGCCCAUUUGGUUUGACAUAAUUCAGUGCAGGUUUUGUGCCUUGACUACCCCACUGUGUCCACAGUAGACUUGUGGGUUUUAAAAAUCUUUUGUCAGCUAAUGCAUCUAAUGUUUUGCCUAUUGGAGAGAUUUUUUAAAAAAUAAUCCUUUUCUAGAAAUCCUUACUUUUAAAAAGAAAAUCCCGCGAAAAUGUUUUAUGAAAAAUUUUCUUUGGUAGUGGAGAAACCAGAUUUAAAUUUCUUCUUAGAGGAAUUGCAUCUAUUAAGACUUUCUAUGCUUUUUUCCCUUCAAUGAUUGUAAAUAUUGACUAUUUAUUAGAUUAGAGCCGUUGUUCUUUUCAUCUGAGCCAAAUGUUACUCGUGUGCAAUGUUUCCUCUCUUUUUCUAUGUCAUGUAAGAUAUUUUUGUAUAGCUGCAGAAGUAAAACUGAUUUCUCUAAACUUUUUGUAGAAUCAGCUCAACCUUGUUAAAUACUGUAGAUUCCUUUUCUUUGUAAUUAAUGCACUCUACUGUUCCAUAAUGCUGUAACUUGUAGAAAUAAUGUAUAUUUAUUUUCUGCUUAUUUAAGUUCUUGUAAAGUCUUUUUUCUUUUGUUUUCUUAGUAUAUAUGGAAAUAGUGAUUGAUCAGUUUAGAGCACUGUCUACUAAUUAAAGGUAGUUGUUGCUAUUUUAGAUAUUUUUAACCCCUUCUUUUCUACCAGUGUCUCUUGCCACCCACCCUAUCUUGUUAGGAUGUUCAAAUAUGAAAUGAAGGCAAGGAUUAGAAUUUCAGUGUGAAUUGGAGGAUAAAUCACACAUUCUCAAAACCACAUCCAGCAUGUCACUUGUAGCUUUUCUUAUAAAUUUGUUACAAAUAACAUUGUGGACUAAAGGUGACAUUCAAAGAACUUUAGGUAGAUUGAUGUGCAGUACUCAGAGCUAGUCUUUAAGAGUGAUCAACAUGCCCUGAAAUUUGUCACACAAACAUGCACACAUCCUCCAUCCCCAGAGAACUAAACUGCUUCCAGCAUCCCAUCUCAAAAUUAAACCUGUUUGGAAAAUUCAUUAGAUGCCCAUUCAAAUCCUUGUUGGUGCUUCGCGCUUCUUCCUUUAAUCAUGCUUGUAUUAAGGGCUUGUAAGACCUUAUCCCUUGACCGCUGUUUACAUAGAACAGGAUAUGACUGUUACCUCAUGAACAAGAAGUACCUACAGUUUAUUCAAGAACUACUAAAUUUUUAGGGAAAAAAUGAAUUUUUGCACCCUGGUUUAAAGACCACUAGUUACUGUAUGGCAGUGCCUCGUCAUCAGGUACAGACAUCAAUGUAGCACUGAUCUUGUACUGAUUAAUCACUAAUGUGUUUCAUAGAACCCAGCAUAUGUAGCAUUUUUAUUGCAGUUUCCCUGGCUUACUUGUGUUUUGCACUGAUAAAAUUUUGACAGGGUAAUUGCCACUUUACUUGUGCAAUACUGCUGUAAAUAACUGCAGAUCUUUUUUUAAGAUGCAAUCUUUUAUGUUCUUAAUAAUGAAUUUUAUAUGAAUAAAAAUUUCAACUAUU